UCUUGUAGUACUGAUCAUCCUAUCAAUUCAAUUGCAGGUGAACAGUUUACAAUUGGGAUCUGCCUAGCUGCAGUUUCAACAAUGAUCAGCAGCUGUUGUCUUAACAUAAUGACAAGGUGCAUUCAUUUGAAGGAAAUGCCAAAGGGUCAAAUCACAUUGUUUGGAACAAAAAAAGGUUGUCUUGUGGUUGUUUUAUUGUGUACUUUUCUUGCGAGUGGUUUGGUUGUGGCUAAUGUUAAUGCGGUUGAAGAUGACAAGCACUUACCUGGUCCCCCGCAUUUGUAUAAGAAAGGAGGUCUACAUCAUGGCAUUUACAAGAAAGGGUUUAAGCAUGGAAGGUUUGGUAAGGGUGGCGGCCUUAGUGGCGGCAGUGGUCUAGGAGGUGGUGUUGGAGGUACGGAUGGUGGUGUUGGUGCUGGUGGGGGCAUUAGUAGAGGAGCUGGUGGUGGAUCUGGGGCAGGUGGCGGGAAUUAUGGUGGAGUUGGUGGUGGAUCUGGGGCAGGUGGCAGCAUUGGUGGUGGACCUGGUGGAGGAGGUUUAGGUGGAGGCAUAGGUGGUGGUGGUGGAUCUUGGGCAGGUGGAGGGCAUGGUGGUGGUGGUGGUGGUGGGUCUGGGGCAGGUGGUGGAGCAAGUGGAGGAGGUUUAGGAGGAGGUGGUGGUGGUGGUGGUGGUGGUGGGUCUGGAGCAGGUGGUGGAGCAAGUGGAGGAGGUUUAGGAGGUGGUGGAGGCGGAUUUGGUGGUGGUGCUGGCAGUGGUGCAGGUGUUGGACAAGGGUUUGGCAAUGGCAAAGGUACUGGAGGUGGAGGUGGAGGCUCUGGGGCUGGGGGCGGUAGUCCACACUAGCGUGCUUGCUUGGAUGAGCUUCUACAACUACUACAGAAUUUGUUCAUUAUAUACGUGGUAUAUAAACAUGAGUCAUAUAUAUGCCGGCUUAUAUAAUGGGUUAUGUUGCUCAUUCUUUCUUUCUAUUUUAGUCACGAUAAAUUAACUUGUAUUGGAACUUUCAAAGUUUAGAGAUGCUUCUCUAUUUGAAAGGAAUAUUUAUCUGUAUUUGCAGCUGCUUCAUGUUGGAAGUAUCUAUAUCUAAGCUUGUAAUGCAUCUCUCAAUAUAUUAUAAUGAAUAAAUCAUUCCAAGUCUAA